AUGGCUAUUGGAACAACCGACCCCACAUCUCAACGUCUUACCUCGUCUCGGUCAACAGAUAUCUCAGAGCACUGGCACCUUCACCUCAAUAUUAACCACAAGUUUGAGACACAGGAGAAACACAAAGCGUUCACUGUUCCGCUAGUCGUGAACCGGUUUCUUGCAGCUGGGUCCGAGUCUGCUUCUACUGUUUGGGAGCGUCUGUUAGACAAAGAGGAUGCUUGCACAAGAGCCAGACACAGGAGGGACCAAGUUAAGAGGUGAUCAUAAGUUUGCCCUGCUUACCAGUUGGCGGGAACUUUGCGGCACUGGAAUUGGAUUUGUGCUAUUUGCUUUUUGGUCGUGGGAGGCGUUGGGUUGGGGGUUAUUGAAUUGGAGGGUUGUUGCCUUAUCUCGAAAUGGUUUUUGUUUUGUUCAACAGUUUUGUUGAUUGGAGUUGGGAGUCUGUUAUUUUGGACACCAAGGCUGGUGAGGGGUGUUGUUGUUAUUUGAGACUAUAUAGAGUACA